UCUCUCAUUCAUUUUGGAAUAACUCAUAAUCUUGUAUGCACUUCUUUUUUUGUUCACAACACAAAGUUGUUUAGUACUACUAACUUAUUUGAGAGAGAUGCAAGCUUUGUGGGUUUCUUUGAAGGAUAAUGUUAAAUGUGGAAGCAAGCUUAGUGAUGUGAUAAGGCAGCCACCAAAAUGUGGCAAAGGAAGCUUCUGUGUUUCUGAGAAAGAGAAGAAAAUCAAUGGAGACAAAGACCAUAAUGACCCUCCAUUGGAAACUCCACCUAGCAUUGUUCUAUCAAGGCCAAAUAACACUCUUGCUAGGCUUCAUGAGCUUAGUGUUGGAGAUCCUUCAAGGAAAAUUGUUGAGAUGAUAUUUCAGAAGGCUUGGAUGAACACAUCAAAACCACUGAGGAAGAUUAAGACAGUUCUAAGAGUUAGCUACUCAGAACAAGUUCUAGAAAGGUUUGAGAAGUACAGAGAAAAUGUGAAGAAGAACGCGGACGAGCAGCAUCCGAGGAGCACAGUGGAUGGCAAUGAAUUGUUGAGAUUCUAUGCCACCACAGUGAGGUGUUUCCAAGGGAAAGCUGUGAAGAAAGUUCAUGAUUUGUGUAAAGAUCUUUCAUGUUGUCUUUGCCAAACAAUUCAAUUCAACUUCAACACAGAACAUGCCAAGAUUCAAUUGAAUAAUGACAUUGGAAAGGAGCAAACAGUUGCCACUACAAGAGUUAGGAUUGUGAAAAGAGCUGCAAUUGUUUGCAGGAUAAUUGCUGGAACUUCAAUGAAUGAAGUUGAUGGUGAAUUUGAAGGGCCUGUCUCAAAUGGUUUGGGAGAAAUUCAAUUUAGCUUAGAAAAAUUUGUAGUGAAAAAUCCAAGUUCUAUACUUCCUUGCUUUGUAAUCAUUUUUAGCUAA